CAUGGAAGCAGGGGCAGUUGAAGCAUAUUAAAUAUUGCAUGAUAAUAUUGGUGGUAAGUUCAUAUUUAAGGAUCCCUUUCUAGAACCUAUUCUUAAUUAAUUACUAUAAAUAUACUUUACCCCAACCCUCUCCAAACAACAGACUUCUCACUCAUUACAAUUUUUUCUCUGAGAUCACCAAGCUCAACAUGAAAAAUCUUCUCCUUCCCAUUUUUGCUUUACUCAGUGUUGCAGUGGUGGUAACCUAUGGUGCUUUAUCUCCUGAAGUUUACUGGAAGUCGGUGCUUCCUAAUACACCAAUUCCAAAGGCGGUCACUCAUAUUCUUCACCCUGAUUGGGUUGAAGAGAAAAGCACAGCGGUGAACGUUGGAAAGGGAGGGGUGAACGUGCAGACAGGAAGAAGAGGAGGUGGUGGCACCAAAGUGAACGUUGGAGGAGGAAAAGGAAAAGGAGUUUCAGUGAAUACAGGUCACAAGGGAAAGCCAGUGUAUGUUAACGUAUCGCCAUUUGUGUACAAAUACGCUGCCACAGAGACCCAAUUACACGAUGACACCAAAGUGGCACUCUUCUUCAAGGAAAAUGACUUGCAUUACGGAAAAAAAUUGGACCUUCACUUCACUCCAAGUUCCAACCAAGCCACAUUCUUGCCACGCCAAGUUGCAGAUUCAAUACCCUUUUCAUCGAACAAGGUGAACGAUGUCUUCGCCAAGUUUUCCAUCAAACCCGAGUCAGAAGAGGCUAAUAUCGUGAAGAACACUCUUAAUGAAUGUGAAGAUACAAGCAUCAAGGGCGAGGAAAAGUACUGUGCCACUUCGCUCGAGUCCAUGGUUGAUUUCAGCACUUCGAAGCUCGGGAAAAACGUUGCCGUUUUGUCCACUGAAGUGGACCAAGAAACGGGGUUGCAGCAAUACACCAUUGCACCGGGAGUGAAGAAGGUAUCGGGAGAUAACGCUGUUGUGUGCCACAAGCAGAGUUACCCUUAUGCUGUCUUUUACUGUCACAAAACGGAAACCACCAGAACUUACUCUGUGCCAUUGGAGGGUGCUAACGGGAUCAGAGUUAAAGCUGUUGCAGUGUGCCACACUGACACGUCACAGUGGAACCCCAAACAUUUGGCGUUUGAAGUGCUUAAGGUUAAGCCUGGAACUGUUCCAGUGUGCCACUUUCUUCCAGAGGAUCAUGUUGUUUGGGUUCAGAAGUAGAUUUCUUUAAUCAUCUUCCAGAAUAACUAGUUUCGGUAGCAUCUGCUACUUGGUUCAUGCAUAUGCUGCAUGUAUUGUACUAUGUAGUUUUCUUCAUAUAUGCGUAAUUUUCUCUUGUUUGUUUAGAUACUUUAAGGUGGCUUAUGUAUAAACUAUGAUGAUGAUGCAUUGUGUGUUUUAAUAGUGAUUUGAUAUAGAUGCAUUUUCUUACUGGUU